CCAGAAAUUGCUUGUUUCUAGAGGAUGCCUCAUCUGCACAACUCCUCACAAACCCCUGACUACUUAUCCUGAUCAAAAGCUGAAGGGGGACUUUAAAAAAAUUAUUUUCUGGUGACAGUGCCUUGUUUGCAGUGUCCAUUUGCAUUUCCUUGGGUCAGUCCCUACAACACUGCUGUAUGUUGGUAUCCAACUCUAAUUUGUUACAUGGAUGGAAGCAAAAUGAAAGGACUAAAGAUAAAAAUGAAGAGAAGGGUGCAAAACCAAAGCAUGCACCUAAAAAUAGAGGAGCCGAGGCUGACAGCAAGGAGUCUUUGGACGACACCAAAAGGGAGAAAACGUUGGAUGAGAAUAAUGGAGUAUGUGAAAAGGUGAACUCUAGCACUGCAGUCUCCAAAAUUGACUCCAGUCCACAAAGUAAACAAAGGAUAUUGCAUCCACUGACAGUAGAACCUGUUGCUCCAACACGUGGGUCAAAUAGCUGUCCACCAAAAAAAGACGGUAUUGCAGCUUUUGUUCAAAAUAAUGGUCUUGGCUUCAUAAACCAAGAUCCUUCGGAGAGCCAGAAUGUUCCUGUUAAAGCACACUGCGUGGAUAAAGCACCCAGACAGGAAGACUGUCACAAAAUGCUUGCACAUCAGAAAUCAAAAGAAAAGGAAAGCAAACCUUCUACAAUGUGCUCUACAUCUCUCGGAGCAAUGCCGUCAACAUCCAAGUCUGUGUCUGGAAUAGAAUAUAAAGUGAUACGCACAAGGGUUUCCAUCAACGUUCAGAUGACUGAAGCCCAACAAAAGACGGUGACAACCAAGGAUGGAAGCCAAGGAGAUCAUAGACAUAGAAAUCCCCAAAUCAAAUCUCUCUCCUCAUCCUCAGAAGUGGAAAGAGUUACACUUAUGUCAGACAAGUUUCAACAUAAACAGUGCCCUAAAAACACCAGACCUGACCCAGUUCAGGAAGUAAAAGGAGUGAAGCCUGAUAAUAAACAGAGUGAACAGGCUCUCCAGUUAGGGAAGCCACAGAUGCUAUUGAACAAGCCUACAGCAGAUAAAAAGACUGAUGGAAAAUCUGAGUUGAAAUGCAAGUCUGUAACCUCUCAGAGCACAACUCCAAACGAUACUAAGAAAGAUCCUGGAGCCACAUUAAAAAGUCAUGAUGAAACAACACAAGGCUCCACAAAGGAUGCUAAGCCUGAGAGGGCAGAAGUAGAUUUAGAAAAUGCAUCUUUAAGAGGAAGUGAGAGUGAGGCACAUCAACAUACAGGAAAAGCAACAGAAAACACUAAAUCAACAGAAACCAGCAAAGCAUUGGCCAAGCAGGAUGAAGUGAUUAUUGAUGACAGCCCUCCUCCUCCUGCACCUUUUGAGCAUCGCAUAGUGAAUGUCAAACAAGCAGAGGUGACAGCAAGUUACUCGGUGUGUCAGCAUGAAGUAUUAGGCGGGGGGCGUUUUGGUCAAGUUCACAAGUGCACAGAGAUAUCAACUGGUCUCAAUCUAGCGGCCAAAAUAAUAAAAGUGAAAGGAGAAAAGGAAAAGGAGGAGGUGAAAAAUGAAAUUAACAUCAUGAACCAGUUAAACCACGUGAAUCUGAUUCAGCUUUAUGAUGCUUUUCAAUCCAAAAACAACUUCAGCUUGAUUGUGGAGUACCUAGAUGGAGGUGAGUUAUUUGACCGAAUCACAGAUGAAAACUACAGUCUGACUGAGUUGGAUGCAAUACUCUUUACCAAACAGAUAUGUGAAGGAGUUCAUUACCUACACCAGCAGUAUAUACUCCAUCUAGAUCUAAAGCCUGAAAACAUAUUAUGUGUAAAUCGCACUGGAAACCAGAUUAAAAUUAUUGACUUCGGAUUAGCUAGGAGGUACAAACCCCGUGAGAAGCUGAAAGUCAAUUUUGGCACUCCAGAAUUCUUGGCUCCUGAAGUAGUGAACUAUGACUUUGUUUCGUUCCCAACAGACAUGUGGAGUGUAGGCGUCAUCACGUACAUACUACUUAGUGGCUUAUCUCCAUUCCUAGGAGAAACUGAUGCAGAGACAAUGAAUUACAUAGUGAACUGCAGUUGGGAUUUUGAUGCAGAAGCUUUUGAACAAGUAUCAGAAGAGGCAAAAGACUUCAUUUCCAAGCUCCUUGUGAAGGAGAAGAGCACAGAAUUUGAUUCAGUGCAUCCAGUCCUAAUGGUGGAUGAAGGCUUGGAGACCUAUAAAACCAUGACUCAUGAAUGGGAUGGAUAAAGUGACAGAGCCUGAUGGAAAUGGCCUACUGCAUGCCUGCAAGGCAGUUGAUAAAAUUGCUCUUUAUAUUGCAAGUGAGAAUCAUCUUGCUGAUUGUCGGAUCUCUAAAUCAGUCAACCCCAACACAAGUGGUGUGCAGCUAUUUACAUUUGAAACAGAAACUACAAGUAUCUCCUAGAAUAGGGGUGUCAAAGAUGUAGCUUGGUAGCUACAUCUCACCCACAGAGCCAUAUCAUUCAGUCUAUGGGACUCCAAGGCCCAGGAAUUCAGGGGCAGGGUGAGUGUUGUGAGGCCCGUCUCUGACUUCCAGUGUUUGAAACCCCACUGAGGACAUGUUCUUGUUGAAGGAGUGAGCGAUAGCUGCAUUCAUCCCUGCGGCUCCCUGCUACUGCUAGCCCCACUGUCAGAGGAGGGUUCAGAUUUGGCCUGUGAGGGGUCUCAUGGUCUGAUUCCAGGCUGGGGAACCAAGGGAGUUUAACAUGCCUGCUUUAAAUUGUCCUUCUUAUCUGCUGAAGCCAACAACGCAGAAUGUGGUUGAAUUGGACCUUUCUAGCUGGUUAAGGGAGGAAUCCUUAUCCCAUACCUUUGAUCUAGGUUUCCAUAUGGAUGCUGUCUUUCCAGUUAAUUGACUAGGCAUCUGUGUGUCUGUCUGAAUAUACAGCAGGGAACAAUCUUGUAUUGCCAGGGAGAUGGGUUAGAUACCAGUGUUAGCUACUAUCUCUGUGUAUCCCUGUGUUCUUUGAUUCUCUUGGCAAAGUCCCCCACAUACUCCAUGUGUCCUGCCAUUCUUAUUCCAAAAAUUGCACACACGCUGAUGAAACUGCAGCUGCUCCAAAUAAUAUAGCAACCAACCUAAACAGUGCUCAGGAAUAAGGGGAGAGGGGAAGGGUUCAUGUCAGUGUAAAAGGCUCCCAUAGGACUCCGAGCACCAUGUAGAGGGUAGGAAUGCAGGGCUGCUGUCUGUGCAGGACCUCUGCGCCAAGGUGAAUGGUAUUUUUGUGUGUGUUUGUCACAUCAGUGUCAGUGAAAAGUCGCUGAGCCUUUCUGCUGCAACUGGCCCAAGGAACACUGUGCAAAGGACAGCAGAGGUAACAGUGUGUUUUAUAUUGAGGCCAUUUGCAAUCUGUG